UUCAUUUGAUGUCAAAAUUUGUGUCAUGUGCGUUAACUAAAAUGAAGAAGUCGUUGAAGAAAAAAGCGUUUUUGAUUGACAAAAUUACGGAAGACUCGUUUUAUGAAAAUCUACUUCUGGGGCUGCUGUCGGUAAUUAGAAGUUGUCAGUUCGUCAGCCACAUUAUUUUAGAACGGUUUGAACCAGCGACGGACGACCAAGUUGCGUGUUGGGAGGCCGCUAACGAGCUCUCCCUGCCAGAAGACCUACGCAAUUUUUUUCGUUCCACGAACGGAUUUUCUUUCAGUUAUAAAUUUCAGUAUGAGAAACCGGAAAGCGAAGAGAACGGGACUCUCACUGCCGGCAUUGAAAUCUACCCACUUUCCAAAAUGGAACAAGUUCCAAUAAACGAGUCCAUGUUCUUGUUCGAUGGUAGGACGAAAAUUUUGGAGCCUUAUAACAAGAUCAACCUUUUGAGCAAAAUCGACGACAACAAUUACGUGGUGCUAGCACAAUUCAACCCAUCCACUCCACCGAACUUUUGGCUGUAUUACAAGACUAAGAUUUUCUAUUUCCUGUGUGAGGACAUAGUUACAUAUUUUCGAAUGGCUUUGGCCCACGUAGGUGCUCCCGGAUGGCAACUAGCGGUGUUAAAAGCGAGCUUACCCGAAUGGAGUGCCGAGCUGAUUCAGAUCUUGGCACCCGGUGUGUUCGACAAUCGGCGAUUGUUUGAAAACAAAAACGAACUGAACAGAAUAGAUUGUGACAUAUUUAACACUGAGAGCGACCUACAAUUGACCGCGAGGAGUUUCCGUGAAGAGCAGAAGGUAAAGGUCACCCCACCGGCAAAUGCUUUGAAAAAGACGACAGUCUCAAAGGCUAAACCGAAGAAAUGAUGUUUAUUGUAACAAAAGGUGUAAUACAUGGUGGAUUUUUAACAA